AUGCAUAGGGCUCAGCACUUGCGUUUCUUUUUUUCUGGUUAUUACACGACUCUUUCCCGUUCUUUUUUUCGCCCCUUAAAGCGACAAAACAGGGAGUCCGCCAGAGAGAAAGUGGUGGUGGAGCGGUGUUAUAGUGACGACGAGGAGCAGAAAGCUGCAGGUGAUGGCGGUGAUAUGGAACGCCUGCUGGGCGAUGAAAGAGACAACUGUGCCCAACAACAGCCACCCACUACCAGACCAUCACUCAACACUAACAUCAGCAAUCAGGCGACGGAGGAGGCGGAGCAGCGUCGCUCGACAUCCAAGUCUCGUGAACUGGAAGCCGUCAUUGCGGAGCUGCGUGGCCAACUGGCAGAAGCGCGGCGGGAUGCCGAGGAGGUGGAACGUCGAUCA